AGCACGUGAUGGCGAGAUCGGAGGUACCAGUAUCGAACCAGGACCUCGUCCUGAUCCCCCAGAAAAUUUUAGGCGGCGCUUUGCCAUUGAGAUGAGAUUCCUCCAAUAGGAGCUCGGCAGUAGUAAUUCGCAUCAUAAAGAUAUUUGUUUCCGCGGCUGCGCAUUCUCCAUACCUAAUAAUGUACACUGCACGUCCAUGGUAUCUUCUGGCAGAUAGAGAGUUUGCUGUUGUUUGAACUGGGCGGCCCUUGUCUUCUCCACAGCGGCUACUCGACUUGCCACCACCGUUUGCUUUUAGCAGCGACAUGUUGGCGGAGUCACAAUUUCGAGUAUUCUUUGCAGUCUGAAAUUCAUUGAUCGACCUUCGCAUACGUUCGCAGAAUGUGGUGUCAGAGGGCUUCUGCCCCAUUUGCCUUUCGCGCAACCGGGCUCUCCUCCCGGCUACAAUGGCGACAGUGUCGCAGUUUCGGCGAUAGCGUGAAACGAUUUCAAGAAGUUUUCCACGCUCAACUCGAAGAUCCCAAUGCCGCCGCCAUCUUGACAUCGAUGAAGACCUCUCCCAAAGUCCCCCAGACUCUUACGGAGAAGAUCGUCCAGCAAUAUGCGGUAGGAUUGGCAAAAGACAAAUAUGUGAGGUCGGGCGACUAUGUCACAAUAGCUCCGCAUCAUUGCAUGACACACGAUAACUCAUGGCCGGUUGCUUUGAAGUUCAUGUCGAUAGGCGCGACGAAGUUGAAGGACCCUAAGCAGGUUGUCUGCACGCUGGACCACGAUGUGCAGAACAAGUCAGAAAGGAACUUGAAGAAGUACAGACAAAUUGAGGAAUUUGCGAAGAAACAUGGAGUGGACUUCUACCCUGCUGGACGGGGUAUUGGGCAUCAGAUCAUGGUUGAGGAAGGAUAUGCGUGGCCUGGGACCCUGGUGGUUGCAAGUGACAGCCACACCAACAUGUACGGCGGCAUCGGCUGCCUGGGCACCCCUGUGGUCAGGACGGAUGCAGCCAGUAUUUGGGCCACUGGCCGCACAUGGUGGCAGAUCCCUCCGGUGGCCAAGGUUACGUUCACUGGCAUCCUCCCCAAGGGCGUGACCGGAAAAGAUGUGAUCGUGGCCCUGUGUGGACUGUUCGACAAAGAUGAUGUGCUUAACCACGCCAUUGAAUUCACUGGCUCCGAAGAGACCUUGCGAAGUCUUCCGGUCGAUGCCCGGUUGACGAUUGCAAAUAUGACCACUGAAUGGGGGGCUCUCUCUGGAUUGUUCCCUAUGGAUGAUGUUCUUCGAGGCUGGCUGCGGGCCAAGGCGACGAUGUCAGCCUUGGACUCAUCAGAAGGCCGGUCGGGAAAUCCUCGUUUCACUCAUUCCCGUCUCGAUGAGCUCUUUGAGUCCCAGUUAACCGCGGAUAAAGGGGCGCAGUAUGCCAAACAGCUUUACCUCGACCUGAGCACUUUGUCGCCGUAUGUUUCUGGGCCAAACUCGGUGAAGGUGGCGACCCCUCUGAACGAGCUAGAAGAUCAGAACAUUAAGGUUAACAAGGCUUACUUGGUGUCUUGCACCAAUUCGCGUGCAUCCGAUCUCGCUGCAGCUGCAAAAGUGUUCAAGGACGCCGCUGAGAAGAACGGCGGCAAAGUUCCAAAGAUCGCUGAAGGUGUUCAGUUCUACAUUGCAGCGGCCUCCCUGCCGGAACAACAAAUUGCUGAGGAGGCUGGUGACUGGCAAACUCUCAUCGAGGCAGGAGCCGUUACGCUGCCAGCGGGCUGCGGCCCCUGCAUUGGGUUAGGCACGGGACUGCUUGAGCCUGGCGAGGUCGGCAUUAGUGCGACGAACAGAAAUUUCAAAGGUCGUAUGGGUAGUCCUGAUGCAAAGGCCUACCUUGCGAGCCCAGAGGUCGUGGCAGCUAGUGCUCUCACGGGCAAGAUUAGCGGCCCUGGUUGGUAUGAAAGGCCAGAAGGCUGGUCUGGAGUGGUUAGGGGUGAAGGCGACGGCAUCAAAGAAGAAGACCGAAUGAUCACAGCGGAUGAAGCUUUUCAGAAGAUCAUCGACCAGCUGGAUAGCAUGAUUGAAACGGCUGAGGAUACAUUUGGAGGAGCAGAGAAGACAACUGAAACCACAUCAAGCACCACCGAAGUCUACCCCGGCUUCCCCGAACGGGUUGAAGGAGAGAUUGUGUUCUGUGAUGCCGACAACAUCAACACCGAUGGCAUCUAUCCAGGAAAAUACACCUACCAAGACAAUGUUUCUGUUGAAAAGAUGGCCGAAGUGUGCAUGGAAAACUAUGACCCCAAGUUCUCUUCGAUCGCAAAGCCUGGCGAUAUCCUGGUUGCCGGAUUCAACUUCGGAUGCGGUAGUUCUCGGGAACAGGCAGCCACUGCCAUCUUGGCCAAGAAGAUCCCCCUUGUUGUUGCGGGCAGUUUUGGCAAUAUCUUUUCGCGAAACAGUAUCAAUAACGCCCUGAUGGGCUUGGAAGUGCCUAAGUUGGUCAGGCGACUGCGCGAAACGUUCUCGGAACCUUCGAAGCCGACGACGUCUGAUCAGAUAACUGAGCCUGUUGGUAACAAGGAGGAGCAGCAGAGCCUUGAUUCGCCGCCGCCUGCGCCAACGAAGCCUCAGGAAAAGCAGCUUUCCCGUCGAACUGGUUGGACAUUUGUUUGGGAUGUGAAGAAGUCACAGAUCGAGGUCGUCGAAGGACCAGGCGGGAAAAAAUGGACGGAGAAAGUCGGAGAGCUUCCGCCAAAUGUCCAAGAAAUCAUUGCCAAAGGUGGUCUUGAAAAGUGGGUGCAGAAAGAGAUUGGAGCAGCAUGAUUACGUUUCCCUUGACAUCCAAAAUCUGGUGUUUGAAGGGAGCUGGGUCAUCUAACCGCGGCUCAACAAAAGCACAUCCGUUACUAGCAUCCGCCAGCCUUGCGUGUUGCAUGGGAGUUCCCAGACUGGGCAUCUGAGAAGGAGAACAUUCGGCAUUGCCCCAUCAUCAGCAUUGACGUCGUCUGCGCCGGCAUGCGGAGCCCGCUAGCAUCUCGCCCAUCUCCAGAUAUGCUGGGAGCGACCCGCAAAGCAGACAGAACCACUGGGAAGAUGGACGAAGCCAACGAUGGAGACAAGUAGCCCUCCGGGCUCAUUGAUGUGGUGGAGGUGGAAAGGCCUAGUCACUCGAACUUCGGUAUCGGCUAUCAGCUGUGGAAGGUGAUCAAAAGAACUGUUCCAUCUUGCAAGGAUUUAAUGAUGCUCGGUAGGGUGUUGAAUGUCAGGUCUUGAUUUGCAAAUUCUACACGCUCCUGUGAAGCGGGCGGGGAACAGCACUUGACUUCCGCAUGGAUGGAGAAGUUGUUGUAGCACAACCUGUGCAUCUAGAUGUGUUAUUACUUUAAGUACAGUAGAUCCCUGUUCAUUACAACACUCAACAAGCGCACUGUGAAUGACCAAAUUACCGAUGUCAUAUCUGGA